AUGAGCUUCUGGCAGCCAAAUGACCAAGGUCUUUCCGAUCUAUUAGCGCUGCUAAACGAGGCAAUCAACCCAACAAAUACUAGCUUUGUUCAACAAAGGCUCGAGUACUUCAAUGCGGUGCCUGAUUACAACAACUACCUAGUGUACAUAUUGACGCAAAUGCCACACGUGGAUCAACACAUUCGAGCAGUUGCGGGCUUGACCCUGAAGAAUAACGUCCUCUCAUACUAUGAGCGGAUAUCUCCUGACGUGCUACAAUACGUCAAAGCUUGUUGCCUGCAGCACAUUACAAAUGAUCAAACAGGAAAGACGGUCAGUCUUGUCAUCGCCGCCAUUCUUGCCAAAGGACAUGUUCGUCAGUGGCCUCAAGCUCUUGAGCAACUUCUACAAAAACUCGACGACAGCGACGCGGGGGUGGUAGAAAAUGCGCUCAAUACAUUGCUCAAAGUAUGCGAGGACUGCUCUCAUGAUCUGACCGAAAAGAUUGGGGAUUCGCAACCGUUAGAAUAUAUCAUUCCAAAACUUAUCACUUUCUUCAACCACCCGAAUCCGAAAUUCCGUCUCUAUGCAAUUCAAUCGAUUUCUUUAUUCAUCAUCGUACGUCCUCCUUCAUUAAUGAAUCGUAUUAAUGACUACCUUGGCGGCCUGUUCGAUCGAGCAACGGAUGAUGAUAUCAAGGUUCGAAUGGCUGUGUGUCAGUCUUUGGUGAAUCUACUCGGUGUGUAUCCAGAGUCACUAUUGCAACAUAUGCCAAACUUGGUGGAAUAUAUGCUCUUUUGUACGCAGUCCGAUAAUUCGGACUUGGCACUCGAAGCGUCCGAAUUCUGGCUCGUAUUUGCAGAAGAAGAUCAUCUACGAGACGAAUUGGAACCCUAUCUCCCCAAGAUUUUGCCUGUGCUGCUGCAAAGCAUGAAGUAUUCGGAAAUGGAGAUCAGCGCUUUGAAUGACGAGAGCAGUGAUGCUCAUAUUGCAGAUCGCGAUCAGGAUAUCAAACCGCGCUUUCAUCGUUCUACCCUGGUUGAGAUUCAACGUUCCGAUAAGAAGGAUUUGACUGAGGCCAAUAUCAACGGAUUGGAUAACGAGGAGGAGCUCGACGAUGCCGAAGACGACGAUGAAGAAGAGGAAGAAGGAAACGACAGCGAUGAUGAUGAUGAUGAUGAUGAUGACGACGACGAUACUGAAUGGAAUCUCAGACAAUGUAGCGCACACGCCCUUGAAGUAAUGUGUGCAGCCUUUGAAGGCGAACUGGUACAACUUAUUCUACCGCUUUUGAAAUCGGAAUUGGAGAGUUCGGAUUGGGUAAAUCAAGAAUGUGGUAUCCACGCAUUAGGUCUUUUAUCUGAAGGCGGCAUGCAAUCACUUUCCUCCAUUUUGCCCGAACUAAUCCCCUAUCUUUUCCAAAAAUUGAAUCAUCCAAUGUUCCUCGUCCGGUCAAUCACUUGUUGGACUCUGGGGCGUUACAGUACAUGGAUACAGCAAGCUAUCGAGCAAAGUGAAACUAACCGAGCCUUAUACCUGGAGCCCUUGAUUCGUGGACUACUGGAUCGAUUACUGGACAACAACAAAAAGGUUCAAGCUGCAGCUUGUGCAGCGCUGGCUAUCUAUGAAGAAGAUCUUACUAUGGAACUUGUCCCUUACUUGCAACCUAUCCUUAUGACUGUAUCAAAUGCUUGGCAGAGAUAUCAGCACCAGAACUUCCUAUUACUGGCAGACACAGUAGGCACAUUGGCGGAUGUCACCGGGGACGCCCUGAAUUCUCUGGAGUACGUUAAUAUUCUUAUGCCCCCUCUCACCAAAAAGUGGCAAGAAAUACCAGACGAUAGUCGCGAUCUAUUUACUUUGUUUGAGUGCAUGUCAUCUAUUGCGGUCGCCCUCGGUGAGAGCUUCCUACCGUAUGCUGAGCCUGUUUACAAACGCUGUGUGAAACUUGUCUAUAAUACUCUGGACGCAGGACAAAUGACUGCUGGAAUUCGUGAAGCUGAACAGCCUGACAAAGAUUUUAUAAUCGUAUCAUUGGACCUGAUAUCAAGUGUGCUGCAAUCGAUCGUUUCUCCUGCUGGUCCUCUCAUAGCUUCAACAACCCCUUCCGUGCUUCAGUUAUUACCUGCCUGUAUCACUGAUGAGAACGCGGAAGUUCGGCAGUCAGCUUAUGCUUUGAUCGGUGACCUUGCUUCAUCGUGUUUUGACCAAAUAUUACCGGUUCUACCCGAGCUUAUACCCUAUAUGUUAACACAAAUAGAGAAGGCCAAAGAUUACUCCUCGGCCGCAAAUAAUGCCAUAUGGGCAUUUGGUGAGAUUGUCAUGAAAUGGGGAAAUGGGUUCGAACCAUUUAUAGAAUCUGUCCUCGAACGAUUGCUGCCUUUGAUCGUGGACACGGAUAUUUCUCGUACCUUGCUUGAAAACAUUGCCAUCACCAUCGGCCGACUAGGUCUUGUUCGAGCUGAUCUUAUUGCACCUCAGCUUCCUUUGUUUAUUCGCCCGUGGCUUUUGUCUCUCAUGCCUAUUCGUGACAGCGAAGAAAAAGUAUCGGCGUUUAUGGGUCUGUGUUGCAUCAUCAAAGCCAACCCUGAAGGCGCUAUUUCCGAAUUUCACACACUGUGUCUAGCCAUAGGCACCUACGAUACUGAAGAUCUAUCGUUAAGAGAGAAUUUUGCAACGCUUUUAGUGGGAUAUAAAUCACUUUUAGGCCAACAACAAUGGCAACAACAGUUCGACGCACUUCCUUUAGUAAUAAGUACAGCCUUGCAGACAUGGUACGGUGUAUAG